UCAACGUUUACCAUCUGACAAUUUAGUUUACAUGACUUAAAUGCAGAUAGAUUCCGAUGAUACCAGCAGUGGUCCACGUGUUCCUGCAAUGACUGACUAUUUUGGCUUCACAAUGACUUCUCUAAAUGAGAGUGGGAGUGUAUUUGCCAAUCCAUGUAAAGGCGAGAAGAAUAUGGGCACACUUAUGCAUCGGCCGUUCAGUAGCUGGGCAAAUAACAGUGAGGGGUCUAUGCGACUUGAAGGGGAAGAAGUUAGAGCAAUAGCACUUGGAAGUGCUUGGGUUGCAGCUGUUACCAGCCUUAUUUUUCUUCGUAUCUUCACUAAGGGUGGUCUGCAGGUCUGUAAAGAUUCUAUCAUUAAGUUCUGAACUCCAAUAUGGAUGGAAACCUUCACUUUUGGUUUGAAAAUUACAGUUCCUCCCCUUUUACUGAUCUGUAUCAAUAACCAUUCAUACCAGUCAACAUAACAGAAUUUGAUGGCGUCAUCAUUAGAACUUCUAGAAACCUGCCACAAUGCAUAAGAUUCAGACAUGAAUGUGCACUUGCGUUAUGUGAUUGUUGCUUUGAGUAAAUGUGGAGUAGUUGAGGCCUAAUUUCAUGCAUUUUGAAUUGCUUUGAAUAGAGUUGGAAUGUCUUUGCUUCCACUCAAUCAUAGGAGUUAUUGUGAAAUCAUAUUUGUUUGCCAAAACGCCACCCAAUUGAUCCUUAUAAGUUUAACGUGGGACAGUGCAUCAUUUUGAAAAAUUCAAAGGCCCUUCCCCUUAGAAAUUUCUUUUACCAUGAAAAAAAAAUGAAGAAAGAAUAGCAAGAAAAAGGAAGACUACAUCUACUCCGCUGGUUUAGGUCACUUAGUAACUGGGUAACUUCAUCACAAAUGUUGUUAUUCAUGUAACACGGUGACUAGAGCCAUGAGUAUGCAAACCACUUUAGGUAAAAUGUUUUUUGGUUGAGUAACCGGGUGCCUUCACCACAAGUGUUGUCAUUCGUGUCAAAAGACCGAAAUACGGCCUAAAGAACGUAAGUCACGGGAAAAACAAAGAAAAAAGAAAGAAAAUAAAAGCAAUGACAACCAAAGGGGAAGAAAAAAGGGAAAAAAAAAUGGCCAAAGUAAAGAAAGAACAAAAGUCGUCCCAACUUAGGCAGAAAUAAGGAGAUAAAAGGUAUUGUGUUGAAGCGACGUGUAUGGUGACAUUUAGAAACCUAUGAUUUUGUGGAAGCUUGAUUGUUCUACUCUCUACUUGGCGAGACAAAGUGUUGUGAUGUGAUUGGCCUCUUACCCUCAUUAUGAUAAGUUAGC